UGACCAAGUCAGUAUGUUUAUCUUGUGCUGUUUGCCAGUGUUCAAUGAAAAUGAUAUUUUGUAGAAUGCGUCGGCCUCAAUUACAGAAUCUGUUGGAAAAAAUGGAAGAAUUCAUUAAUCAAGUCAAUCAUUUUGAGACUAAAAUCUUACAAAAAUAUGUUGAAAAGUGUUCAAUUCUACACAUUGGAACCACUGUUUGGGUAUAUUUUACAUCCAUCUCUUUCAUCAUUGGACCAUUGUUUUUGCCACAGACAUUUCCAACCGAUGCUAUAUAUCCAUUUUCAACUGAAGAAGUUAUCAUGAAAAUUUUUAUUUAUAUGCAUCAAUCUCUUGUUGCUCUUCAAACAUCUGCGGCGGUUUUGCUUGACUGUUUAGUUGCAUUUUUUUUAUGGUUUACAACUGCCAGAUUUGAAAUGUUAGCUAAUUCUAUGGAUGAUUUUAAUAGUGUUAGUGAGCUCAGACGUAAUUUAAUAACUUAUAGGAAACUUUUAGGGACCAACAAAUAGCUGUAAAAAUACAAUAUGUAGUGACUGCUAUUUCAGCAUCAGUAGGUCUUUUUAUUUGUUCUUGGGCAGCUGAUACACUAUUACAAAAAGAAUUCAAUGUGGGCAUAAUGGCUUUCCACUCUAAAUGGACAGAAAAAGAACAAAAAUUUAAAAAUUAUAUUUUGCAUGUAAUAGCACAAUCUCAACAUCCUGUUAC